AUGCGGAUGAAUAUGAAACACCUAGGACUACGCUCUGAAUACCAUGUUAAGAUGAGAGGAGCCAUGGAUGGCGAGAGAGCGCUGGAGGAGGCAGCGCGGCAGGCAAGGGAGGAGCAGGCGGGCAGGCAGCAGGCGGAGGCGGCGGUGGAGGAGGAGAGGGCGGUGGCGGCAGCAGCAGUGGCGGGGCAGAUGAGCGCGGAGCAGCGGCUGAUGGAGGCCCAGGCGCGCGUGCAGCUGCUGGAAGGCGAGGUGGACUCUCUCAAGGUGGGCGAGGGAGGGGAGUGGAGGGGAGUGGAGGGGAGGGGAGGGGAGGGGAGGGGAGGGGAGGGGAGGGGAGGGGAGGGGAGGGGAAGGGAGGGGAGGGGUGGUGGGAUGGGAUUCACGAGCCCUCUCACCAACCCUCUCUCUUCCACCCGCCUCCCCACCCCAUCUCGCGCCCUCGUGCUCCCGUGUGGUGUGUGGGCGUGGGAGCAGGAGGUGGCAGCGAGCAAGGACUCGCUGCUGGCGGCCGUGAAGGAGGAGACCAUGCGCAAUGCCGACAUGCUGCUCGCUGCUGCCAACACUCGCAAGGUCACAUACGGCAACAGCCUUGCCUUGCCUCGCCCACUCCACCACCCCUCCUUCCAUCUGCACUCUCUCUCACUUUCCCCCUUUCCCCCCUUUCCCCCUUCCCUGUACCGUGCUUCGCUUUCCACCCUUCCCACAUCCCCUCUUUCUCUUCUCCCCUUCUUCCCUGCGUCGAUUGUUUGUCCCCUUCUUCCCUGCGUCGAUUGUUUUUCCCCUUCUCCUCUUCCGCCUGCCCCCUUCCCCCCAUUGUGUGUGUGGUGUGUGGUGUGCGGCGGAGGGCAGGAGCUAGCGGGGGCGGAGGCGCGGAUAGCAGCGCUGCAGGGGUCGGUGGUGGCGUUGGAGGCGGAGGUGCGGCAGCAGGACCAGCUGCUCAGCGACAUCCGCGCCAACGCUGUCUCCUCUGCUGACGCCCUGCGCACCGCCGCUCAGAUCAACCAGAUGAACCAGGUGGGCGGCAGGGAGUGCUGCUGGGUGGUGCAGGCACGGGGACACAUGGGAUGGGAUUCUCUGCUCGUUGGUGCUCUGCUCGUUGGUGCUCUGCUCGUUGGUGCUCUGCUCGUUGGUGCUCUGCUCGUUGGUGCUCUGCUCGUUGGUGCUCUGCUCGUUGGUGCUCUGCUCGUUGGUGCUCUGCUCGUUGGUGCUCUGCUCGUUGGUGCUCUGCUCGUUGGUGCUCUGCUCGUUGGUGCUCUUCUCGUUGGACCUGAAUGCAGCGCGGGAGCGAGAGGCGGAGCAGCUGGAGCAGCUUCUGAUUUGACUCAAAAGCCUCCCCAUGCUUGUCCCCUGCCCGCCCACCCACCCUGCUUGUGGUGGUGGCAGGACCUGAAUGCAGCGCGGGAGCGAGAGGCGGAGCUGGUGGAACAGCUGGAGCAGCGCGAGGCGGAGGUGGAGAGCCUGCGCCGCGACACCACCGAGAACAUCCGCGCGCAGCGCGCCGAGCUCGCGCUGAGGGAGGCGGAGAGGAGGGCGCGCGAGCUGGAGAUGGAGAGGGAGUCGCUACGGCGGGGCGUGGCGAAGCGCGACCAGGCGCUGGGGCUCAUGAAGAGAGAGCUCGAACGCAGCGCCCACAUGCUCUCCGCCGCUGCUGACACCCGCCAGGUGAGCCCUGCUGCUCACACCCGCCAGGUGAGCCCUGCUGCUCACACCCGCCAGGUGAGCCCUGCUGCUCACACCCGCCAGGCAUUACGGAGCAUGAAGGAGCAGAUGGAGUGGAUGCAGGAGGAGGCGCGCGUCAAGGAGGAGCGCCUGGCAGCGCUGCAGGAGGAGUUCGUCUCUGCUCUCAAGGGCACCACCUUCCCAUCGCUGGUACACGCCUCUUGCAUGCGUGCAUGA